AUGUUCCUGAGGAGUGCUGUCCACUCCCUGGGGCUGCUCCGUGCUGGGAUCUGUGCUGGGAUCCAGCAGCUCCCGCGGGGCCGAUCCGGGUGGUGCCAAUACAGAGCUGUGAUCUUCGAGGAGAGCUCAGUGCUGCUCCCAGCCCCUCACGGGACAGCCACAGACUGGGAGGCCCAGGGCUGUAUUCCAGCUGGCACCAUCCAGCAAGUUCUGCUGUCUGGAGGGGAGAACAGUCCCUCUCUGAGGUACUCCCGAGGAGAGCUGACAGCUGUGGAGUUCCUGCAGGAACUGGGACAGCAGUGCUUUGAGACUGCAAAUGUCCCCGUUCCAGUGGACUCUUUUCUCUGGGACCUAAUCAGAAGUGAGAUGAAGAAACAGCUCCCCAUGAUGGCAGAAGCAGCUCAGUGUAUCCGAGCAGAAGGGCUGAAGACAGCUCUGCUAAGCAGCAACCUGUGCCUGGGGGAUGCAGAGAGGUUCCUGCCCCUGGACCAACAGCUCUUCGAUGUGAUGGUUGAACCUUGCCGGGAAGGGAUGUGCAGGCCAAUAAUUCCUGGGAUCUACAAGCUGUGCUUGGAGCGCUUGGGUGUCCAACCCCAGGAAUCCAUUGUCCUCGAGAGCAGCAGCCAGAACCUGCAGGCAGCAGCCCAGCUUGGCAUGAAGACAGUGAAGGUUGAUGAUGCAGAAGCAGCACUCAAGGAGCUGGAAACCCACCUGGGAUUUCCUUUGAGAGGGUUUGUUCCAUACACUCGGUCAGUGAGACCAGGCAUGGAAAUCCCAAAAGAUCAUCUGCAGAAGUACCUUGAAGAUGUUCUUGGUGACCAUCCAACAGAGCCACUGGAGUUACGGCAGUUUGGCCAUGGAGAGUCUACCAGGAGCUACUUGGUCAGGUUUGGAGGUCGCUUGCUGGUGCUGAAGAAGGAGGAGGAGGUGCCUGACAGCCUGUGCCCCUCGGGCGCUGCCGUCGCUCGGGAAUACAGGAUCCUGAAGGCUCUGGCUGAGGCUGGUGUUCCUGUUCCCACUGCCCUUGCUCUCUGUGAGGACAGAAGGCUCCUUGGCACACCUUUCUGCCUGCUGGAGCACUGUGCUGGCCGUGUCCACCGCGAUGCCUCCCUGCCCACGCUGCCCCCGAGCCAGCGCUGGGCCUGCUACGCUGCCAUGAGCCACGUCCUCGCCCAGAUCCACAGCGUAGACCUGGGGGCAGCCAAGCUGGGCGACCUCGUGGAGCAUGGUAAUUACAUUCAGCAGCAAGUUGAGUCCUGGACAAAGCAGUAUCGAGCUGUGGAAACUCGGGUUAUCCCAGCGAUGGAGAGACUCAUCCAGUGGCUGCCUCUGCAUUUCCCUGAAUCCCAGGAGACAACAGUGUUGCAUGGGGAUUUCAGGAUGGACCACCUGGUCUUUCAUCCAGACAGACCACAAGUUCUUGCUGUCCUUGGCUGGAAGUUUGCAACUCUAGGAGAUCCCAUGUCUGAUUUGGCGAAUAACUGUAUGGCCUACUUCCUGCCACCUCACUUUAAUGCUCUGAGAGGCUUGAGGAAUUGUGAUCUGGGGCCGCUGGGAGUUCCCACAGCAGAGGAGUAUUCCCAGCUGUACUGUGGCCACAUGGGAGUGGAGCACCCGGAGAACUGGAAUUUCUACAUGGCCUUUGCCUUUUUCCGGCUGGCUGUGAUGCUGCAGGGACACCCCCACGGCUCUCUGGCAG